AAGAGGUAACUUUCAGCAAGCCUUGCUAUAUAAGUGAAUGUCUUACCGAACUCUCGAGAUAAAACGCGUGUGUGUUGUCCGUUUCGUGUCCUUAGUGUUACUCCUGUUUCUUAGUUACAAACAGAAAAAUGCAUCGGGUGUGUCUAAUACUUUGUGUCGCAGCCGCGACCGCUCAAAAUUCUUACGAUAAUUUGGAAACAAGAUCUGUGGCUUAUCCAGGAAAAAGUCUUGGUCCUUUAUAUUCUCAAGGAUUAUCAUCUUCUUCAGGAUAUCGUGACAACAGCUAUGAAGACAAUGCUGUCACACCAACUCCUGCCCCUGCCCCCGUUUAUAGACAACAACAACCGAUUUAUCGCAAGGUUAAUGAUGGAUCCCGGGAUUACCAAACCAAUGUGAGAGUUGUUGCUAACCCGCAACGAGGACCUUUCCGUGGACCUCCUCAACUAGGACUCAAUGGCCAGAGACUCCCUGAGGAAGAAUUAGAAGAAGAAAAAGAGGAGCCUGAUCGUCUUAGCCUUCUUCUGCCCCAAAGCAAAUUUGAUUGCGUCAAUAAACAAACCGGAUAUUACGCUGACGAAGAACUUAAUUGUGAAGUUUUCCACUACUGCCACGAAAAUGCAAAACAUUCUUGGAUUUGCCCUGAAGGAUUCACUUUCCACCAGGUGCACUUGAUUUGCAUGCCUCCCAGCGGUGAUAUUAUGUGCAAAAAAAGUUCGCAAUAUCACUUUGUAAAUGAAUAUCUCUACAAACCAUUGAAUCUGGCGGAAGCGGAGAGCAAACCAAAUGUUACUUUGAGAUACAGCGAAAGAUAUUAUCCUGCUGACAUUUACACCGAUGAGCGUGAGAAUGAAUACCAUAGCACCCCCAUUCGUAGACCAGUUAAUCAGCAACUUUACUUGAGCCAACAACCAGCCAAUCUGAACAGCUUGCCAUCCGGUGGACGUCCACAGCCAAAUCUUUCCCAAUUCCGUUCACCAAUCAACCAAGUCUUCAGGAGUCCCGAAGAAGUGAAUAUUCCUCUGCAACAUAGACGUCCUCAACAACCAGCUCAGCAGCUCAGAAGGUUCCCACAGGUCCGACCUGAGGAAGAAGACUAUGAAUAACUCAAAAAAAAAAAAAUUGUUUUCAAAAGACUCGAAAUGCUUCAAGUUCCAACA